AAUAGCAGUCAAAACACUGGCGCCCUGGAUCUUGGAAAUAAUCUUGGUACCGCCGCCACCAGCAGUUGGGUGGGGCGCCAACAACCUUGAGCGGAUUCUGUUUCCGAGUGCUGCAGGCGUCUGCCGGUAAGUGUCUGUCGCUCGCCGCUGACCGGUGAUGUCUCUGGCCGAGUUGGAGAGCGCCAUCCUGGUACCCGAGCCCGUUGACGGCGAGUUGGACGGCGAGCUGAGCCAGCCGAAGACGGUGCUGAGCAAGAUGCAGGCCAAGCUGGCGAACCCGGCCGUGCGCGAGUGGAUUGCUAGCAGGCGCCAGAACAUCCGGCCCUGGAUCCAGUUCAUCAACGUCAACAGCUUCGGAAAGCCCGACUCGCUGCCGCGCUGGUCCAAGCGCCUGGUGAAGAACAUCGACCACUUCCAGAGCAACUACGUGUUCGUGUUCAUCGGUCUGUUCGUCUACUGCCUGCUGACGUCGCCGCUGCUGCUGAUCGCGAUGGCUGCGCUGGCCGGUGGCUGCCACAUCCUAAAGCUGCGGCAGGCGGAGAAGAAGCUGGUGCUGGCCGGCCGAGAGGUGCCGCUGGCACAGCAGUACGCCGGCGUGGCGAUGCUCAGCAUCCCGCUCUUUCUCAUCGUCGGGGCCAGCUCCGCCCUGUUCUGGGUCAUCGGCGCCUCGUUCUUUGUCAUCAUGCUGCACGCGUCCUUCUUCAAGCAUGAGGCCCUGGCUGGCACGGAGGAGGAGGCUGAGCUGUUCGAAGUAACGAUGGACCCUAUAUAGACGAACAUGAGUUGUCUGUUAUUUAUAUCAUUUCACAUGUCUACUAGCCGCAUUCUCCACGCCCCUCCUACCCCAGUAGCGCUUUAACGUCGCUGUCGCUGAAUGGGCUUGUUGCUGUUGUAUUUAUUGUUUUUAAGUUUGAUAUGCUUUACUUUAUAGUUUUUGAACACUGCACGCAAUAAAUUUUUGUCUAAUA